CUGCUCACGACUUUACUCUCCCAUGUCUUCUCUUUCACGCAGGCGUCCUCGCACACGCCUCGGUGAAGUUACUUUCUCUCUCUUGUUUUCUCCGCACUCUCUCUCCAUCUCUCUCUAGAAUUUCUACUUCCUCUGCGUAACUCCAUCACCUGGAAAAUGAGGGAGUGCAUCUCGAUUCACAUUGGCCAGGCCGGAAUCCAGGUCGGCAACGCUUGCUGGGAGCUUUACUGUCUCGAACAUGGCAUUCAGCCUGAUGGUCAGAUGCCAAGUGACAAGACUGUUGGUGGAGGUGAUGAUGCAUUCAACACUUUCUUCAGUGAAACUGGUGCCGGCAAACAUGUACCUCGUGCUGUGUUCCUCGAUCUGGAACCAACUGUUAUUGAUGAAGUGCGCACUGGCACAUAUCGUCAAUUGUUCCACCCUGAGCAACUGAUUAGUGGCAAGGAAGAUGCUGCUAAUAACUUUGCCAGGGGCCAUUACACAAUUGGCAAGGAAAUUGUGGACCUUUGCUUGGACCGCAUUCGUAAGCUUGCAGAUAACUGCACUGGUCUUCAGGGCUUCCUAGUUUUCCAUGCAGUUGGUGGUGGAACUGGUUCUGGGCUUGGUUCCCUUUUGCUAGAAAGACUUUCUGUGGAUUACGGAAAGAAAUCAAAGCUCGGGUUCACUGUUUAUCCAUCUCCUCAGGUCUCAACUUCAGUUGUGGAGCCUUAUAACAGUGUGCUCUCCACGCACUCUCUUCUUGAGCACACCGAUGUUGCGGUGCUUCUGGACAAUGAGGCCAUUUAUGACAUUUGCAGAAGGUCUUUGGAUAUAGAGCGACCCACUUACACUAACCUUAACAGGCUAGUGUCUCAGGUCAUCUCUUCCCUUACUGCCUCUCUCCGAUUUGAUGGUGCUCUUAAUGUUGAUGUUACUGAGUUCCAAACCAACCUUGUCCCCUACCCUCGAAUCCACUUCAUGCUCUCCUCCUAUGCCCCUGUUAUCUCUGCUGAAAAGGCCUAUCAUGAACAACUCUCAGUUGCUGAGAUCACCAACAGUGCUUUUGAGCCCUCUUCGAUGAUGGCCAAGUGUGACCCUCGCCAUGGCAAAUACAUGGCCUGUUGCCUCAUGUAUCGUGGAGACGUUGUCCCCAAGGACGUCAAUGCAGCUGUUGCCACCAUCAAAACCAAGAGGACCAUUCAAUUUGUGGAUUGGUGUCCUACUGGAUUCAAGUGUGGGAUAAACUACCAGCCACCCACUGUUGUUCCAGGUGGUGAUUUGGCCAAGGUUCAGAGAGCUGUUUGCAUGAUCUCGAACUCAACUAGUGUUGCUGAAGUGUUUUCUAGGAUUGAUCACAAAUUUGAUCUGAUGUAUGCUAAGAGGGCAUUUGUACACUGGUAUGUUGGUGAGGGGAUGGAAGAGGGGGAAUUUUCUGAGGCUCGCGAGGAUUUGGCAGCUUUGGAGAAGGAUUAUGAGGAGGUUGGGGCUGAGAGUGCAGAGGGUGAGGAAGAUGAGGGUGAUGAGUAUUAAGUAAUAGUGCUUGGUUUUGGACAGAGGUGUUGUGGCUUUAGAGAGAUGGUAGUUUUUGUUUCUGCUUUGUUUGGUUUGUACUUGUUUUUUUUGCCAAUAGUCUCAUUGCUGAUGGGCUAUGGUUGAGAAAUGGUUUGUUAUGUGUUAGAGAUAAAUGGUGUUUCUUGGAUUACUGGUAACAAUACUUGAAUAUAACUUGAUCUAUUGUUAUGUUA